CCCCUUCUCCCCUCUAGUCUCUCCACACUACUGAGGCUGCCUCAGUUCCGCACUCCGUGGUUGAGUAAGCAGUUCUUCUUUGCUUGGGAGUGCCGGGUGCCGCCUCCUCCUCCGAGGGGAGGGAGAGAGCGAGAGCGAAGUGUCAUCAUUCCUAUGAAUUGGCUGGGCGGCUAUAGCGAUAACUGCAGCCCCAGUUCUUAUUUCUCUCACCGAAUACCUGACAGCAAGCAGCAGCUUCGUCCUCUUCAAAUGGGUAGCGGUAGGAGCAGUAGUUUCAGCGGAGGGGGCAGAAGCUGACAGAGUCGGUGACCGUAACGUCCCUUCUCAGUCAACUGCCGCCGCCGCCGCCGCCGCCCUCAAGCGAGGAGAAAACUCGCACCGACGGAGAGCCCGGCUGGGGCAGGCAGAGGAGGAGGCAGAGACUCUCAGCCGAGAAAACUUCCCGUCGCUGAAGAGAACGAGAAAAGUUGCCGCCCCCGUUGACCGAGUAGGUCAGGAAGCGCGGGCUGCUCCCACUGCCGACCCGCUCUGGCUGUGUGGGCGGCUGUGGCUGCUGCUGCUGAGGAGCAUUUCUGACGGCGGGCUGUUACCCCGGGGCCGUCGCCGGCCUGUAGGGGGCGCUGACCACCGGAGCGGUACGCCAUGCCCGCUGUCAGCCUGUUGCCACUCUUCGGCAGCCCUGCUGGUCCGGGCGCUUUGGGCGGCCCUUUAGGCGGGGGGCCCUUGGGCGGCCCCGGAGGUAGGAAAGUCCCCGGCCCCAGCGGUGCAUUCCGCCUUACGGAGAAGUUCGUGCUGCUGCUGGUGUUCAGCGCCUUUAUCACGCUUUGCUUCGGAGCCAUUUUCUUCCUACCGGACUCCCCCAAGCUCCUCAGCGGCGUCUUCUUUCACUCGAGCACUCUCCAGCAACCGCCGCCACCCCCGGCGCAGGGGGAUCCGCGGCCGCCGCAGCCACCCGGAGCGGGGAGUAGCAGCACUUAUGGGGCCGGGGGCGCUGCGGUUGUCGCCGCAGGGGAAGCCGCGGAGAACUUGGCCAAGAUCCGCGAGGACCACGAGCGUGCUUUGCGGGAGGCUAAAGAAACCCUGCAGAAGCUGCCGGAGGAGAUCCACAGGGACAUUCAUCAGGACAAGGCGAAGUUUCUACUCCAAGACAAGUUGGGCAGGAGAGAAGCGGGGGCUGUCGGGUUGCCUGACUUGCCGUUCCGUAAACGCAUCGGAGCCACGGGAGCAGAACCGGCCGACCCCGUCAUCCGGCAGAAAAGAGAGAAGAUCAAAGAGAUGAUGAAACAUGCUUGGGAUAAUUAUAAACAUUACGCAUGGGGAUUAAAUGAACUGAAACCCAUAUCGAAACAAGGACACUCAAGUAAUUUAUUUGGUAAUAUUCAAGGAGCAACCAUUGUCGAUGCCUUGGAUACACUGUAUAUCAUGGAAAUGAAAGAUGAAUUCAAAGAAGCCAAAGAAUGGGUAGAGAAAAAUCUAGAUUUCAAUGUGAAUGCAGAAGUCUCUGUUUUUGAAGUGAAUAUUCGUUUUGUUGGUGGGUUGCUGUCAGCAUACUACCUUACUGGAGAAGAGAUAUUUCGAAAGAAAGCAGUGGAACUAGGAGAGAAGUUGCUUCCAGCCUUUAACACUCCCACAGGAAUUCCUUGGGCAUUGUUAAAUAUCAAAAGUGGCAUUGGUCGCAACUGGCCCUGGGCUUCAGGAGGAAGCAGUAUUUUGGCAGAAUUUGGAACUCUGCAUUUGGAGUUUAUACAUCUGAGUCACUUGUCUGGAAAUCCAGUGUUUGCUGAAAAGGUUAUGAACAUUCGAAAAGUUUUAAAUCGGUUGGAUAAACCAGAAGGUCUUUAUCCUAAUUAUCUGAAUCCUAGUAGUGGCCAGUGGGGUCAACAUCAUGUGUCCAUUGGAGGGCUUGGAGACAGCUUUUAUGAAUAUUUGCUUAAGGCAUGGCUAAUGUCAGAUAAGACGGAUGAAGAAGGCAUGCAAAUGUAUUAUGAUGCUGUUCAGUCCAUGGAAACCCAUCUGAUCAGGAAAUCUAGCACUGGUUUGAUGUACAUUGCUGAGUGGAAGGGUGGCCUGCUUGAACACAAAAUGGGCCAUCUCACUUGUUUUGCUGGAGGGAUGUUUGUUCUGGGAGCAGAUGGAGCACCUGCUGAUAAAACUGGACGCCACAUAGAACUUGGAGCUGAAAUUGCCCGCACAUGCCAUGAGUCUUACGAUCGUACUAGCAUGAAGCUGGGACCAGAAGCCUUCAGGUUUGAUGGUGGAGUUGAGGCAAUUGCUACCAGACAGAAUGAAAAAUACUACAUCUUGCGGCCUGAAGUUAUUGAAACUUACAUGUAUAUGUGGAGAUUCACUCAUGAUCCAAAGUACCAGCAGUGGGGCUGGGAAGCUGUAGAGGCAUUGGAAAAAUACUGCAGAGUCGAUGGAGGUUAUUCUGGCAUUAGAGAUGUUUACAGCAACCAUCAAACCCAUGAUGAUGUGCAACAGAGUUUCUUCCUUUCAGAAACACUCAAGUACCUAUAUUUAUUAUUCUCUGAAGACGAUCUUCUUCCAUUUGAACACUGGGUCUUUAACACUGAGGCACACCCUCUACCUGUUCUGACAAGAGAAGAAAGGGGGGAAAGCAAAAACAAAUAAAAUAGUGCUGAGUUUUGUUUGGGGCACAUGAUGUCUUACUAAAAUUCCAGAGUCAUCAUUUUUUAGUUUUGAACCAAUUUUUGCAGUCCCGUGUCUCCCGUACCAUAUUUAUCAAGGGACCUAAAGUAAAUAAUUAUAAUUAAUCUAAUUUAUAUUUUGACAGGAAUUGUAACUUGUCAUCUCUAUAUUGUGUUAGGCUACAGUGUGUAUCUGGCCAAACAGAAUACCGAGGUCAGCAUGUUAGUUGUUUUCUCUUUUGUUUUUGACUGCAAAAUUAUUUCCUCCUCUGUGAGGAGAUGUCUGCUUUAAGCUGUAAUACUUUGCUGUGUUGCAAAAAGCCAUAAAGAAUUAAGUAUGAAGAGCUUUUUUAAAUCUGUGUUAACAUGGUUUGUCUGAUCACUAGAGACAAAUCUAACUGUGACAGCCUCUUCUUAUGCGGGUCUAUCUUUAAUUGGUAAUUUGAAUACUUCAGAAGGUGUUCUGUUCAUAAGAAUGUUUUCAUCUCAUCUGUGUGCACUAUUAUGUUGAACUGUAGCUGGUCUUGAAAGGCAAAGCUUAGAUGUUGAAACCCUGUUCUAAUAUAAUUUUAGAACAUAACUGCAAAUCAGCCUAACCACAAGAAAAUUUAAUACCCACUUUUUUCUGUUCCUGUAUUUAGUUUCACAAGCAGUCGCCAAAUCAAGAGCAUAGAAGCUGCCAUGUGAACUUACCCUUACCUAAAACAAUUUGAGACUGCAGUUCUCAUAACCUUCUGCUAGUGCAAAUGGAGUUUCAGCAUGAUUUGCAUCUGAAGGCACAAUCUGGUUUCUUGUGAAACUUGUAAUAUGUUAUGAGAUAUGGUUUGAUCUGAGAAAUCCUUUGUGUUAAGCCAUAUUCUGUUUAGAGAUUGGGACAGGCUAGUGUUGCAAAGCUAUCAAUGGCUACUAGCCAUGAUUUCCGAAUACCAGUUGCUGGAAACUACAGAGGGGAGUUGCACUCUGAUCUUGCUGGUAGGGUUCCCAUAGGCAUCUAGUUGGCCACUGUGGAAACAGGAUGCUGGACUAGAUGGACCACUGGCCUGAUCCCACAGGCUCUUCUUAUAUUCUUGAGUCUGUUUAUUGCCAUUUCAAACAUUCCAUUUAGCACUGUGUGACACUUGGUGGAUACCAGGAACAAUACUGUGGAAAUAGGAUGAAAAGUCACCAUGUUUUAGAAAUUUAUAUUUCAACUUUCAUUUACUUUUGAGAGAUGGAAACAAACCACUAUUGCUUUAAAUGGUUCACUUUUAAAAAGAAAAGAUACCACCUCUCUGCCACAUUAAUCAAAGUGAUAUAAAUUGCAAGUUGGUUGAUUUGAUAUAGCCCAGUUUUGUCAGUAACUGUGUUUAAUAGACUAAUCAAAGGACAAAACAGCACAGCUUUUUCCUGUUUACCAAUUGGGGUGCCUCUCUGAGCGGAAUGGUUUUUAAUGAGUGAUUAAUAUCCUACAUUAACAGUUACUUUGGAAUGAUUUAACAGCUGUGUACUAAGCAAAAUGGAAACUGCAACAGGUCAACACUAUUCUGCUUAUCCAUCACAAACCUAUUUAUGCUUUAAACUGUGAAAACCAUAGGUUUGAGCAAACAUAGAUGACUUAAUGGUAGCUGAAAGACGUUUUGGAAUGGUGCAUAAAAUGAGUGAUCCCCACACAGACAAAACCUGGUCAUAGUAAUCUGCAUCAGUUUCUGUGCUGAGGAACAGCUGUGUACAAUGUUACAUCUCAUUACAGUAUGUUUUCCUAGGGCUCUUUCAUGUUGCAGCAUUGCCACAGCAUCAGGAAUCCACUUGUGAAGACCAUGGGACAUGACAUUGUUCUGUUGCUCAAGAGUAGGCCAUAGGAAUGAAAUAUCUUAUAUUUUGAGCUAGAAGUCAGUAUAGUGAGAGCACACAAGCAAUAACACCCCCCAAGUUUGUUUGCUUCUUUUUUCUGUGCCUCUCUAUGCCACAUUCAUUUUGUACCUAACCCACCCAUCCCAAAUUUUAAAAAGCUAAUCUGAGGGAUCAGGCAUGGCAGAAUCAUUUGAGGAGCUGGCAUGCAUGCAUCUUUGGAUCAUAGCCAUAAUGAAUUAUUUGGCUAGCAAAUUAAUGCUACUUGUACUAAAAGAGUAACUUGAUUAUUGUUCAGAUUGUUGUUCAAAUAACGGUAUGGUGUUGGCGUGUAGCUCAUUUUAACCAUCACAAAAACCAGUAUAAUAUAAUCAUGCAAAUACAGGCAUUUUUUUCUUAUUUAACUAGAAUUGGUGUCAGUUUCUGGUUCAGGACUUCUAACAUCCUUAUAAUCCAGAAAAUCAGUUAGUCAAAUUAAAAGAAGCCUUUAUAUGUUGGGCUCUUGUGCUGUGUCCAUGCGUGCUUAAUUCUUUACACAUCUAUGUACCUUCAUGUUAUAAAUUUUUAUUUGAAAGCCUGAUGUACAGAAAAUCAAUAUAUUGAUAAAUCUAAAAAAACUUUCACUAUCUCUUUCUGUGAUGAGAAUUUCUUCAUAUUUUAUCCAAAUCUAUUUUCCAUUUGAGGGCAUUAGGGAAAAAACAGUGUCAGAUUUAUGUCUAGCUCAUCACAUCUAUAGGUGUGGCUGACAGUCAAACUAUAAUUCAAUUUAAUCUCUUUUUCAUAAGUAACCCUUAACUAGCUUAGUUACUUGCACUUGGGCAAUAUCAUUUUAACUGCUUGCAGGCUACAAUGUGUUUUUCAAACUACAAAACAUCUGUUGUACCACAAGAAGCACUACUGUGUGUAUAUUCAGAGUCUAAUCACAGAAUGAAAUUAAAUGCCCUAAACAAUUGAGCAAAUAAAGGUGACUUCUGCAAUACACAAAUGAGGACAAGGUCAAAAUAAUACACCGCUGUAUCAGUUUUCUUUUCUGGUAACUCAAUGAUGUAAACAUGUUUGUACUGAUUAGCAGACCUCACUCUUCAAAACUUAAAAUAGGAAACACAAAUAUAAGACAGCAAUUAAAUGUAGGGCAGCAAAUAUGUAAUGCUAAUGUAAAACACAUUUUAGAAUAUUGGUUUACUAAACUUAAGUUACAGCUUCAAUUUGAAGAACCACUCUUACUUUCUUUGGAAUCUACUGCUUAGUAGGAAUCCAUCAUGUCAUCAGCUUUCCACCACAGAUGCAUAGCAAGAUGGCAUGAAAUACCUGUUUGUGAUACUAUAUGAGGAAUAAACCUGGGAAUCAAAAGGGCAGGAAUUUUCCCAAGACUGAGCCAAUAGAAAUGGCAAUGAUCUUUGAUUACUUAGGAGGUUGUCAGUUCUCUAAUAUGUCUUUUGACAAGUCCUCCCAGUGUAGAUUUUAGAGGCUGUCUUGUAGUAUCACCAAGCCCUUUUUGUACCUGUUUUUGUCAUUUGUUGCUUCUCUUCUUCAUGCAUAAACCUGCAACAUUUUGUUUUAAAAAAUAGUGUGUGUGUGUGUGUGUGUGUGUGAGAGAGAGAGAGAGAGAGAUGAUCCACUUUGUUUAGCAAAGAAAACAAUUGUCCUGAUUUUUAAAGUUCACAAUCCACAGAAUUAUUUUCCAUUCAUUUAAUAGGCUUCCAGAUAUUCCAAGAAACUGUAUCACUGGAGUUAAGUAGUCUUCAUAGAAUUUCUGUUUAGCGACUCAGCUAUUGAAAAUUGUCAUGCAUAAAAGCGUCUACUGUCUAGUUAAGCAAACCUCAGUAAAUCCUGUAGGCCCCCCCCAUAUACUAUUCAGUUCAACCCCAUAUCCUAGGGCAUGAUACUUCACACGGCAAGUAUCCUGUUCCUCAAAAAUGUGUUGACAAGCCUUUAAAAGAUAAUUGUUUACCCCACACUCUUUAAUGGUAGUGCUGGAUUUCUGGUUCAGGUACAGUUAACAGCUUUUAUUGCCUAAUGUGCAAAUUUCUCCACUCUUUGUUGCCAAUCUUUGUUACCAAUCUUCCAGUGUGUGUCCCAUCAAGCCCAACUGUUGCCAUUUGGGGGAACCUGGCCCAACUUGUGAAAUAGUUGCUAUGCUUCUGUGACACUUUUUUUCCUCUCAGUAACUAUAAAUGGAAUUGAAAUACAAGCUUAUAAAUGCAACCCAAAUUGUUCUGGGUAGCUAUCUUUUCCUCUUGGAGGCAAUUUAGUAAUUAUUAAACCAGGUAUAUUUUCCUUAAAGUAAUUGACACAAGUGUCUAGAUCAGUUUCAUAUUUCUUUUUAUUUGACGUUAUGACUAUGGUCAUUUUUUCAUGAGUCUUAUUAUUUGAAAGAGCACAACGUUUCUAUGGUUCUAUAACAUACAGUAAUCAGGUUGUAUGUACAAGCUGCACUAUAAUGUACCUUUUUGUAAAGUGAUGUAAGUAGACAAGAAGAUUGUAUACCCUGUAGAACUGCAAAGUGUAAGAGAAACAUGUUUUUAUAUCUUCAAAAGCAGUAAUUUAUGUAACACAAAAACACCAAAGUAUAAAACUUCAGAGGGAUCACCAUUUAAAAAGUUGUACCUACAGUCCUGAAAUUAUUUACAGUGGUGUAAAUAGCUUCAGAAUUAAGUUUUAGUAUUUACUAGAAAUGGUCACACAAGCAAGCUUGAAAUAACACUGUUUACGUUCAAUAGGAGUAACUAUGGGUGACUGAGCAAAUGUUGACCACUGUAUAUGUAAUUUUAAGGCAAAUUUUAGGGGUUUUUUUUAAGUGUCUCUUCCUGUUUCAACAGUGUCUGAAAUUUCCAUUGCUCUUUAGCAUAUCGCAGUGCAGUUUAAAUAUAUAUUAAAUCCUGGAAAUUGCUAAGUUAAAUGCCUUGUGUAUUUAUAUGAUAGCUCUAUGAUCCUCAAUGACAUCUUGUUGAUUUAGUAAACUUAUGUGGUCAUUUUGUGUAUUAAAAUGUUUUUUUUAUUUCUGCAUACCUCACUUAGUUUUUUCCACCUUUAUAUAAAUCUCUGAAGUUAUAAUACAGGAAAAUGCUUACUU